AAAUCUAAAAUGUCACGGGCCACAGUUCAUGCACAUUCGUAGGUAUAUAAAGAAUAUCUGACUAGGUCUAAAUUAGUUUUAUUACAGAACAAAAUCAAAAAUGAACAAGUACGCCAUCCUCGUCUUCGCCCUGGUCCUGGGAAUCACCGCAGCAGGCCUGAUCAAACCCAUUUCGGACGAAGACAAACAAAAAGUGAGAGAAGCCCACGAAAAAUGUCAAACUGACCCCGCAACCGCUGUCCCAAAAGGUUCUUUGAAACUCAUCCAAGAGGGCAAAGCAUCCGAAGUCAAGAACUUGAGACCUCACAUUUUAUGCAUGGCUAAAAUCGCUAACGUCAUCAAAGAGGAUGGAAAACUGAAUACUGAUCUGUUGAGGAGCAAAUGGGCCGAACAUUACGACGCCGCCGACAUGGCCAAAUUGCAGGCCUGUUUGGUUGACAAAGACACCCCCGAGGAAACAGCUGUUUCUUUGGUCAAGUGUCAACGUGAAGCUGUUGGUUCCAUUUUGUACCAGCUGUAAUUAUUUACAGUUUUCCAUAAUUUUCAUUAA